AUGAGUACAACCUCGAACCCCAAAGAAAUCGAAAUGAAAUGGUACGUUAAGCAACCCGCGAAACGUAACAAAAACAAAGAGACAAUAGCCAGGAUGUGGCAGAACCGUAUCGAUGAGUUGAUGGUAAAAGCACCAGAAAACUCUCUGAAGGCUUUAAUCGACUAUUACAAUGACCACCAGACUGAUGGAGGUGCUCUUCCAGUAAAGAUAUGUUUUGCACUCUACAGUCUUAUGACACAUUACCAAACAACACAGAGAAAAGGCUUCAAAUUCCUCCCAACCCCAAUUGCUGUUGAGUCACUUGAACUGUUCUGCUUCCUGAUUCAGUCAGACAGAAGCUUCCAAGACAUUAUUGAAACGAUGAGCGUAUCACAAGUCGCAGACGAUUUCAAAUUCAACGCGCACUUAAACUCCGGAGAUGACAACGAAAUCCUCGUGAUGCAAACCAUUGUCCUCUUCUUAUCACAGAACUACUUCAAAUUCUCAAAUUGGAGAGACUACAUCAAACCGACUUUCCACAAUUUAAUUGCAACAGAGAUAGAAGCGGUCAAGCCCGAAGAAAUCCCAGAAGGUAGAUUCAGUACUGGAAACUACAUGCCAACAGAGGGUCAUUACUAUGAUGUUGACAUCCCAACGACUUUGCAAACAUUCAGAACUGAUUUAAAAACUGGACUCCCCGCCCAUGAAGUGCAGAGCAGAAGAGAGAAUUAUGGUACUAACGAAUUACCAAAACCACCUAAGAAGAACAUUUUCAAGAUGUUCUGGACACAACUGACUGACUUCAUUGUGAUGAUCUUGAUAGUUGGUACAAUCAUCUCCCUUGGGAUCCAAGAGUGGAUUGCAGCCGGCAUGCUCACUCUUGUCAUUGUUUCAAAUAUUAUCAUUGGAUUUACACAAGAAUACAAAGCUGAGAGAGCACUUGAAGCACUUCAGAAUUUCGAUGUAACACAUGUUAAUGUUAUCAGAGACUCUGAGGAAGUCAUUGUAACUGCCGAAGAACUUGUUCCUGGUGAUGUUGUUGUUCUUGAUGAAGGGUGCAGCAUUCCAGCUGAUUUGAGACUGUGCGAAACGCAUCACCUUGAAACUGUUGAAGUUCUUUUAACUGGUGAAAUGAACUCAAUAGAAAAAUUCACAGAGCCCAUUAAAUCGUCAAAUGUUACUGUUGGUGAUAGAAAGAACAUCGCGUUCAUGUCAACAAACGUUGUAAAAGGUCGUGGUAUUGGUGUUGUAGUUGCUACUGGUAAGGUGACUGAGAUUGGUAAAAUUUCAAGUGAGUUGAACAAAAAGAUAGAUAAGACCAUGCCAUUAAAGAGAAAGUUGAGUGCAUUAGGUAAAUGGUUGGUGUUGAUAGCGUGCGUCUUGUGUUUAUUUGUUGUAGCGCUUCUUGUUACUUGGUUGUUCAUUAAGAAUGGGAAGAUGGACUGGGAUGAUACUGAGAGUGUGAUUAAGAUUGGUCUUUCGCUUGCAGUCUCUGUCAUUCCUGAAGGUCUAGUUGCUGUCGUGACAAUUACAAUGUCGCUUGGUGUCAGCAGAAUGAGUAAACACAACGUCAUCAUUCGUAACUUGCCUGUUGUUGAAGGUCUUGGCUCGGUGACUACCAUCUGUACCGAUAAGACUGGAACCCUUACACAAGGUCGUAUGACAAUGACUGAAAUCAGACAAGGGCUUAAUGUAUACUCCUUCAAGACUAUCGAGAAAAAACUAGUCAAGUACAAUUCAAUUGGUGCUGAGAUCGAACAGUUACCCACUGACUGUGACGAGUUGUUGAAAGUGUGUGCCAUCUGUAACAAUUCCUCGACAAAGGAGAAUGACAAUGGAAAGAUGGAGAUGAUUGGAGACCCAACAGAAAUUGCGUUGUUUGUUGUUGCAGAGACGCUUGGUGUCACCAAAUCCGGAUAUACCAAGUCUGGCUAUUCAUUUGUCACAGAAGUACCAUUUGAUUCUGAUAGAAAGCGAAUGAGUGUCUUGUACAAAAAUGCUCAAAACAUGGGGUUUGUGUAUGCCAAAGGAGCAUGUGAAUCCAUUCUUACGUUGUGCAAAGAGAACUACGACCACAAACCAUUGGACGCGAACAACUUGAAAGAGAUUGAAACACAAAUGGAUGAGAUGGCGGUCGCGGGGAGCAGAGUCUUGGCAUGUGCCAUCAGAACAAUCAAUUUGAACGAACACAACAUCACGGAAGACAACAACACCGAAAUUGAGAAGGACUUGACCUUUGUUGGGUUGGUUGGUAUUGUCGACCCGCCACGAAAUGAAAGUGCGAUGGCAGUCAAAGCACUCAAAGCCGCCGGUAUCAACGUGCGAAUCAUUACUGGUGAUCAUCCAAAAACAGCCGGAGCUAUUGCAAAGCAGAUUGGUGUUAUAGAAGAAGAUGAGGAUGCUGAUCAGUUCGUUAUGACUGGAAGUGAGUUGUUUGGUAUCACCGAGAAGAAGUUGUCCGAGAGAGAUCCGUUCCCAUCCGUCUUUGCUCGUGUUUCUCCGGAAGACAAAUUGAAGGUCGUCAAAGCCUUAAAACGAAGAGGAGAAGUUGUUGCGAUGACUGGAGAUGGUGUGAACGAUGCUCCUGCCAUCAAAUCUGCGAACAUUGGUAUUUCUAUGGGGAGUGGGACUGAUUUGACCAAGCAAAGUGCCGAUAUAGUGUUGCUUGAUGAUAACUUUUAUAAUAUUGUAGCGACUAUUAAAGAGGGGAGAAGAGUGUAUGAUAACAUUCUGAAGUUUGUGAUGUACCUCUUAAGUGCAAACUCUUCAGAAAUUUGGACUAUGAUGAUCUGUGUAGCUUGUGGACAAGCUCCUCCAUUCUCUGCUAUUAUGAUCUUGUGGGCAAACUUGGUUGUCGAUAUUCCACCAUCAAUUUGUCUUGGGUUGGACCCACCUUCGAUGAACAUUAUGGAACGUAAACCAAGAAAUCCAAAUGAUGGAAUAUUCAAUUGGAAGAAAGCUUUGUUGGUAUUGUUCCAAGGAUUUUUGAUGGCAUUUUUGGCGGUCUGCGCUUACUUCGCUACACUCUAUAUUAAGCCGCUCAGAGAAUUUGGACACUACACACUCCCAGAUGGUUUGACGGACGAAGAACCCAACAAAAGUCGAACACUUGCAUUCAUUGGUCUUUCAGUUGUCCAAUUGGUUCACGCGUUUAUUAGCAAGUCAAUGACUAAUAUGACCAUCAAUAGAGACUUGUUAAGAAACAAAACGUUGCUCAUUGGUAUAUUCAUUUCAAUAGUGUUGCUUGUGUGCGGGUGCUACAUCCCUUAUGUCAACGACAUACUUGAACAGUACCCACUCAAUUGGCUCGAUUGGUUAAUUAUAUGUGUAAUGGUAGUUGUACACUUUACCAUUUGUGAAACGAUAAAGUGGAUCCUUAGAAUCAUCAUCAAAAAGAAAGAGAAUAAAGCCAUGCUAUUCCACGAGGAUCUUUGA